AUGGAUAAGGGGAAGCCCGAAGAAAUUAACCUCCAGCAAGUCAUAGAGGACUUUAUGGCAAAAGUCCACACGGAGUUUGGCCGAAUGCACGCCCAAAUGGAAACGUACUCUGUACAAAUCUCAGCUCUGCAGAAGAAUAGGCAGCAACAGGAGCGGACCGGGGACGAGUCGGGCAUACCACGGGCCCGUAUCAAACGCAAACCGAUUCCGGUCGGGGACCCGUACGACGGCAACAAGGGCACCUUUGCAGCCUGGAAGUUCUGCAUAGACCGCAAGCUCUAA